GCGUCAGGACGGUCAUCUUUAAGAAGUGGAGGGAACCCAGAGAGGACGGGAUCAUGGCCGCCCGGAUGGAGUGUGUGCUUGAGGAGUCUGUGGAAGAUCGCAUCUGUCGUACCGUAACAGAGGACGGAUAUGAACUGCAGGAAGGCACGCCGACCCCUCCAGCCGCCAUGCUGGAAAACGAGACCAUCUGCGCCAUAUUCCACGGGAACAUCCGCCCUGACGUGCAGAUGGUGAACGACAUGUACGGGGUCAACUUCAGGUUUUACUGUGAGAGACCGCGCAGGCUGGAGUUUGACGUCAAGGUGCUGGAUGUGAGUGAAGAUUCGUUCUCAAUGGUCGAGCUAUACCCUGGGCCGAGGGAAAAUUAUCACGCUAUGACUCCCAUGGAAAUAGCCGAGCCUGCAACUCCUCUCGCGAUUGCUGGAAUAACUACACCCAGAAAGUCAGCGGCCAGGAAUCAGAAGAGAGUAGUCAACUUCACAACCGUCAGGAGUCAGAGAGUGGUUGGCCGUACAGCGGGCAGGAGUCAGAAGAAAGCGGUGCUGUCGGUGGUUCCAUAG